AUGGUAUCCGUAAAUGACUUUGAGAACUCCGUCCAUCAGACUGUUUUAUCUGACGCGCUGCAGCACCAUCACCACCACCAGGCGACCCGGAACUUCUCCGUGUCGCACUUGCUCAACCUGGAACACGUGGACUUUUCGGAUGCGUCGUCACUCGGUGACGCCACGGGGCACAACGGCGCGAUGGACGGCGGGGAUGAUACCUCGACAGGCUGCUACGAAGCUGGAUCAGAGGAGGGACUCACACCAGCCCAGGUAAAACAGAGAAAAAAACAAAGGCGGAAUCGAACCACCUUCAACACGGCACAGCUGGAUGCGCUGGAGAGGAUAUUCGAGAGAACACACUACCCAGACGCCUUUUUAAGAGAAGAACUAGCUAGAAAGGUGGACCUCAGUGAAGCCAGGGUACAGGUUUGGUUCCAAAACCGACGGGCGAAAUUCCGGCGCAACGAACGAAGUCACCAAGCAUCCAAGACGACAGCCCGCCGAGUCGCGGGCAAUGUGAACGGCGUCAGUGUGGAGCAACCGGUGGCGGCCCGGCCGUGUCCCGUCACGAACCCAGCCGACUUCGCCUCGUGGAGCCCUACUACCUACAGUCGCCUCGCCGGCACGGUGAGCAUGUCGCCCGGUAGCGCACCCACGCUGAUGAACCCAUGCAUGGUGGGGGCGGACAGCUCUGGAGUAGGGCUUGGAAUAGGGCCGAGCCUGGCGAAUCUUAGGCUACGAGCGAGGGAGUACAGCAUGCACCAGAUACCUCUAAUGUGAGGUCCACCUCCUGAUGUUUGAAAAAACAUCAACUCAAAAAACUGAACUUCUGCUUCCAAUUGGGGAUAAAAAACAAAACCACAAGAUGAGGAUUGGCUGCUUAAUGCAAUCACGUCACUCUUACGUCACUAACGAUCAUUGGCGGUGGAACCAGUUUAAUGUCUGAAAUAUUCAAUGCAUGUUACCGUAGCUAAGGCCAAGGUGCAACCCGAAAAAGCAGACAGCAACCUCUGGGACCCAUAUGGACGUGUCCAGAUUCGGUAGGUAUAGGCCUACUUAAGUACUUAUCUUAAAUUAACUCAGAAAUUUAGCGAGACAACUACUGAUAACUAAAACGAAUGAAUUCAAAAGGGAAUAUUUAGUGGACCUUUUGAAGCCAGAGCCCGCCACAAUUUUACAUGUUUAGCGCAUGUUCUAGGAGUAAAAUUCUUUCACCAAAUUUGCAAAACAAAUUGAAGGGAGUUCCAAAAGCAAAUAGUGGGGAUAACAUCACCAAACUGGAAGAAGAGAAACAAAGCACUCAAAGGUUGAAGUGUGAGUUCUCUCCUGUAUAAAACAAAGAUUUAUGCACAAGGAAAACAUCCGCCAAAGGCAGGAAUUUGAAGAAGAUGAAGUAGAAAUGAUUGGUUUGUCUUACAGUACAUUAAUGAUUCUGAUGUUUGUCAUUAAUCACAUCGAAUACGUACAAAGAUUCGAGUGUCGUGGCCGAGCGGUUAAGAGCACUGGACUCAAGCUCUGGUGUUUCUAAUCAACAGCGUUUGGAUUCGAGUCCCGGUCGUGGCACUUGCGUCCUUGAGAAAGACACUUUUAAUACCAUAAUGCUUUGUGGGACAUUAAGCCGUAUUUCGAGUGAUAUAAUUUGUAGUUAACUUAAAAAUAAAAAUAAAAACUUCAUGUAAGUUUUUAUAAUGGUGUUUCUGGUUCACAAACUUAAUCUAUACACGUGUGCUUUCCUGUAAACAACUGCAACCAAAGCAUUCAUUUCCCUCACUUUUUGUUCCAAAAGUCAAAAUAUUCGUAUAUUCAUUGUUUAAUUCAAAAUGGAGUUGCAACAAAAAUUACAUUGCCAUGGAAACCGCUAGGUAUCUGGAAAUGUAGAGUCCACUCCGGGAAAUAGUCAUUCAGAAAUAGGCAUACUCCAAAUCAAGCUAUUGAAAGAGUUAUCCUAUUAUUAUUAAUAAAACACAGGGUGAAUUAAAGGGAAGGUACA